AAAUAAUUAAAAAGUAUAUUAUAAAUUUAGAUCACAAACUUAUUUUAAUUUCGAAAUGUAAAAGGUAUGACGUAAAUAGUGUGAGGGACAGAGGGAGUGAGUAGUAAAAAACAACAGACAAAACAAGCAAAACGCAGAAAGCGUAAAAAAGUUGGCGCUGCAAUCUUCAAAAAAAAAAAAAUAAUGCUGAAAGAGAGAAAAAGCUUUUAAAUGUUCAUAAAUGGCUACGAUUAUCUGAGAUUUUUUCUCGAAAUUGAUUAUCGCCGAUUUUGAUCGCCGUGUCGCUGAUAGGUUUCCGCCUCGGGUAAGGUGUAGACCUCACACGUGAGAUUACACUGGGUUUGUCGUUGCUGCUGCUGGUGGUGGAGCUAGGAUUUUCUCGAAGGAGUUUCAAUUUACUAAGAAGAAAACAUGUGAAGAAGCCGAGGGAUUCAACAUCUACUAUAUACAUACAUAAGAAAUAAUUUAACUUUGUAUAUACAAUGUAAUCUUUUGCCGAACCCCCUCGCCCCUACCUAACUCCGCCAUGGUUGUUGCUGUAUGGUGUAAUGUGAGAUAUGAGCUUCAGUUUACGGUAAUUGAAUACUUGGUUGGAUUUGGAUGUGAUCAAGGUAGAGGAUUCUUAAAUACCUCGUGCAUAUAUAUUCUUUUGUUGAAAAAAAAUAUAUGAUGUUGAUAUUAAAUUUAUAGCUGGCUUGAAUAGGAACAACGUGGAUAUAGUUAACAAACUAGUUCAGGAUUGUGGCUUAUUAGUUGUUUUUUAAGUAUACAUUUCGAGCUCUGCCUGUCUGUACUGCUAUUUCUUUAACAUUUUACUGGAACUAUAUAUCAGUUUGAGGAAUGUCGGUGGAGUUCAAUACAAUAAUUGGUGUGAGAUAAUAUAUUCAAUCUUCUUUAUUUCCAUUCUGUGGUAGUUUGAUGCAAGGUUUGACUGGACUGCACAAAUUAAUAGUAUUAAUGGAGCUUGAUGUUUUUUUUUUCCUGAUGAGCUAGAGUACUCUUUGCAGAGUUAAAUUAUUUUCAAAUUCAUUUGGAAAAUCAUUGCGACAUUAUGAAACAAUGCUUGUCUUCUCUUUUGGCAAAAAUUAUUUGUCUUCUUUUUUCUAGGAAGUCUGGGAUUCUGGUGGCUUAAGUGUAACCUGUGCUUGGAUGGUUUUGAGACGGAAAAGCCAUAAUUGCAUUGAACUCUAGGGGCACAACUUACUUCGUCAUUCUUUUCUCCUCCUUGUCACAUAGAUGUCAGGGGGAUCAGAUGCUUAUUAUGAUGACCGUAGAGAAAGAAAAUCAGACUUUGAGAAUUCUGAGGAUGAAACACGGAGAUUCAGAAUUGGUGCUUUCAGGAAAAAGGCAAUCAAUGCUUCCAACAAGUUCACUCGCUCCCUCAAAAAAAGAGGAAAAAAGAAAGUUGAUUACAGGUUUCCUUCGGUUUUGAUAGAGGAUGUCCAUGAUUCAAAGGAGGAAAAUGUUGUCUAUGAAUUGCAUCAAAAACUUCUUGACAGGAAUUUGUUGCCACCCAUACAUGAUGACUACCAUACCUUGUUGAGAUUCUUAAAGGCAAGAGAUUUCAACAUUGAGAAGACAAUUCAGAUGUGGCAAGAAAUGCUUAACUGGAGGAAGGAGUACGGAACAGACACAAUAUUGGAGGAUUUUCACUUUGAAGAGCUGGAAGAAGUCUUGCAGUAUUACCCCCAAGGAUAUCAUGGAGUUGACAGGGAUGGAAGGCCCGUGUAUAUUGAAAGGCUUGGACAAGCUCACCCGAACAAAUUAAUGCGAAUCACCACAAUUGAUCGCUACAUGAAAUAUCAUAUCCAAGAGUUUGAAAGGGCCCUACAUGAGAAAUUCCCUGCAUGUUCUAUUGCAGCAAAGAAAAGGAUCUACUCAACAACCACAAUUUUGGAUGUGCAAGGCCUUGGAGUUAAAAACUUCACCAGGACAGCUGCUACUCUUUUGGCAGCUAUGGCAAAAGUUGAUAACAAUUAUUUUCCUGAGACAUUACAACGGAUGUUCAUUGUCAAUGCUGGCCCUGGCUUCCAAAAGAUACUUUGGCCUGCAGCACAGAAAUUUCUGGAUGCAAAGACUAUUGGCAAAAUACAGGUUCUGGAACCUAAAUCUUUGGGUAAACUGCUUGAGGCGAUUGACCCUAGUCAGUUACCUGACUUUCUGGGUGGCUCUUGUACCUGUUCUGUUGAGCGUCGCUGUCUCAGGUCUAACAAGGGUCCAUGGAGUAAUCCUGAAAUAAUGAAGCUUUUACAUGACUUAGAGGCAAAAACUAUGAAGCAAAUAUCUAGAAUAUCCAGAGAUCAAAGGAGAAUUGAUUCCUCUAAACAGAUACGCCCACUAAAGGGAAGAAUUAAUGAGACAUCAACAGCUGAAUCAGUAUCAGAUGUUCAUGUUCCAUGUUCUCCAAUUAGACGAAGUAGCAGUUCAAUUCCACAGCUGUUCCAACUUGAUGAGGCAAGGAAAUCGAAUUCUACCCCCUACUGUAGUUGUGAUGAGCAAUUUAGCACCGGUGAACUAGUUGAUGUUAUUGAGCACUCCCUAUGUUGUCCAGAGCCUCGAGAAUGCAAUCUGACGAAUUUGUCCACUAAUGCACGAACAACUUCUGAAGGUACAUUGGUGAUUCAUUGGUUUGAAACGAUCCAGAAAAAGGUUUUGAGCAGAUGUAUGCACUGCUUGGAAAGGAAACUAGUUCCUUUCAUACUCAAACUCUCUGGACUGAUUUGUGGUCUGUUCUACGAGUAUUGGAGGAAACAGGCAAAUGCUUCCCGCACUAGUGCAUUAGAAGAAAGACAAGAAAGCAGUUCUUCUGCUUAUGGUGAAGUUGUUCAUAAAUCGGAUGAGGCCCUCCCAUGCAUGGAGCGUCUUCAUAAACUGGAAAUGUUGUUUGAAGAAAUAAAGAGAAAACCUGCUGAGAUCCCAGCAGAGAAGGACCAAAUGAUCCAGCAAUCAUUGGAAAGGAUCAAAUCAGUAGAGGUGGACCUCGACAAGGCAAAAAGGGUAUUGCAUACUGCAGUGGUGAAACAACUCGAAAUUGCAGAAUUGUUGGAGAACCUAAAACAGUCAAGUAAUCAUCGGAGGAGGUUAUUAUGUUGAAUAUACGAGAGGGUUGAUGCAACUUGAGUUUUGAGUGCUAAUCGUGCUGCGAGGGCAGUAGAUGUCAGAGUUUCUGCAUUUUUGAGUACUUCUAAUCCUUUUACACAGAGCUCACAGAAAUGUUUCUUUCCAAAUGUUCAUUAAUACUAAUAAUGUGUCAAAAAGGAAAAGCUUAAAGGAAACAGUUUCAAAUUUUAUGCAGUAAAUGUGCCUUUACAAGUUGCCAGUGUGAAGAAUCAACUACGUGCUGAUGUUUUCCAGGAGAACGUCUUGGCAUGUGUUGUAGAAAAAUUUGUUUUGACUAGUUCUUUCGUGUUAAUAGUCAAAAAUACAUUUAAAUAUGAUUUUUUUUCCGAAUUUCACACCUAAUAAUUAGUUAUUACUCAACA